AUGAUCUUCAAGUCCCACAAUCCCGACAUCAACGUCCCGGAACGGUUGUCGUUGUGGUCCUGGCUUUUCGACUCGGGACUCGCCUCGCUGUCCCAGUCCCGCAAGGACAGGAUUCAGGGCUUCACCGAUGUUGUCACCAAGCAACAUGUAAGCUUUGAGGAUUUGAAGAGACACACGACGGCUAUCUCGACGGCCUGGACGGCAUUAUGCGGACUGCGUCAAGGCGAUGUGAUUAUUGUGUACGGUCGAAACACGGUGUGGUACCCAGUCACCACGCUCUCCGCGGUUCGGGUUGGUGCGAUUGCAUGUGGCGUAUCUCCGGACUACAACGUCGAAGAGCUCUCCUACAGCCUAUGCGUGAGCAAGGCCAAAUUCAUUAUCACGGCAGCCGAAACGGCGGAUACGGCGCUAGAGGCUGCUCGCAAGUCCGGCAUUCCCCCGCAAAAUGUGAUCCUCAUGAGUGGCGAAAACGCUGGCAGGUUGAGCAUCCAGAAGUUGCUCCAGAUGGGAGAGACCCUUGGAGAGGCGGCACAAGUGAGGCCAUACCAGAUCCCGGCCGGAAAAUCCAACCGAGACAUAUGUGCCUAUCUCUGCUUCAGCAGCGGCACCACCGGCCAUCCAAAAGCCGUCAUGAUAUCCCAUGCCAACAUCAUUGCCCAAUGCCUCCAGAUACGGCAGAUCACUCCCUCGGACCACGACAGAAUCCUUGCAGCGUUGCCAUUCCAUCACAUCACCGGCAUCGUGCACCAGCUCCACCUCCCCAUUGCCCUGGACGCCCACGUCUACGUGUUGCCAACCUAUACCCUCGACACAUUACUGCAGACGGUGGAAGAGUAUAGGAUUAAGGAGCUAUUGAUAGUACCGCCUAUCCUAAUACGGCUGGUUCGGGAUGAAAAGACGGUGUCCAAAUACGACCUCUCACACGUGGCCCGAUUCUCUUCCGGAGCCGCACCCUUGUCCAGGGAAAUACUUACACUCUUGGAAAAGAAGUUCCCCGGCACAGGCUUCAAGCAAGGCUAUGGGAUGACCGAGUCAUGCUCGGCCAUAACUUCGCAUCCGCCCUCCAAGUAUGCAUACAAGUAUGCCGACAAGGUGGGCAUGGUGGUUGCGUCGACCGAGGUGAGGAUUGUCGACGUUGAGACAGGAGAGGACUGCGGCGUCGGCAAGGCCGGGGAGAUCUGGGCGCGAGGUCCGCAAGUGGCCAUGGGCUAUCUAGACAACCCGAAAGCAACGACGGAAACCUUUGAUGAGAACGGAUUCCUGCAUACUGGGGACAUCGGACUGUUCGACGAGGAGGGAUUGCUCUCUAUUACAGACCGGAUGAAGGAGAUGAUCAAGGUGAAGGGGAUAGGAGUUGCGCCGGCAGAGCUUGAGGAUCUGCUUCUCGGCCAUCCAUCAGUCAGUGAUGCUGCAGUCAGCGGGAUCCCUGACGACCGCGCAGGGGAACGGCCAAAGGCUUAUGUGGUGCUGAAGCCUUCUUCGGAACACCUGUCUCCAGAGGAGGCAGGACAGGCCGUUAUCGACUUUGUGAAAUCCAAAAAGGCGAGGCAUAAGUGGAUUUCCGAGGUUGAGAUCGUCAAGGAGAUACCGAAGAGCCCUUCUGGUAAAAUUCUCCGACGAAAGCUUCGGCUCAUGUCACGGGGCGGUGGUGGAAAUGUCGUCGUUCGGGAUGAUGCUUUUGAACGAAACAUGGAAAUUCCAGCGUCGUCUCGAAUUCCCGCGAGCGUGGUGGGCAAUGUGAGCAAAAGGGCUCGACAAACGCUCGACGCGGUCGAGAAGUUCGUCCAGGAGACAUGCAUUCCUGCAGACGCCGUCUUUGCUCAACAGCUUGGUCGCACAAGUCGCGAACGAUUUGCCUCCCAUCCGAAGAUCCUAGAGGACUUGAAGCGGCAGGCGCGGAAACAAGGCUUGUGGAAUCUAUUCUUGGGCAAAACCCAGAAUGGAGAAGGCACUGGCCUCACCAACCUGGAGUAUGGUUUGAUGGCCGAGCAACUUGGGAAAAGCGUGAUUGCGAGCGAGGCAAUGAACUGCUCCGCUCCAGAUUCAGGGAACAUGGAACUUUUGGAAAAGUUUGGGGACGCGUCCCAGAAACUCGAGUGGCUCACACCGUUACUAAACGGGGCAAUACGGUCUGCAUUCUUGAUGACGGAGCCAGACAUUGCCUCGAGCGACGCAACGAACAUCAAGUUCCAGAUCCGGGAGGAAGGGAAUGAAUAUGUGCUCAACGGCAGUAAAUGGUGGAGCAGUGGUGCCGGCGACCCGAGGUGCGAGCUUUACAUCGUCAUGGGUAAGACCGACCCGGACGACCCGAGCCCCUACCGGCAGCAGUCAGUCGUUCUAGUGCCGGCUCGGACGCCUGGAAUUGUGGUGCAUCGCAUGCUGUCCGUCUUCGGGUACGACGACGCGCCCCAUGGCCAUGGACACAUCACAUUCAGCAACGUUCGCGUCCCAAAAUCAAACAUCGUGCUAGGUCGAGGCAGGGGGUUUGAAAUCAUCCAGGGCCGACUCGGUCCGGGGAGGAUACAUCAUACCAUGCGAUGCAUUGGUGCGGCCGAGCGUGCUCUUGAACUGGUUCUUGCUCGCAUACACGAACCUACGAAGAAGCCUUUCGGCAAGAUGCUGCAUGAGCAUGGCUUGGUGGUCAGCAAGGUCGCACAGGCGCGCAUCGAUAUUGACUCGGCUCGGCUCGUGGUGCUGGAUGCCGCAGUCAAGAUGGACAAUGGAAAUGCCAAGCUCGCCAUGAAAGAAAUCGCCUCCGCAAAGGUCCUAGUUCCUCAGAUGCUCAGUCGCAUCCUCGACGAUGCCAUCCAGGUCUACGGCGGUGCUGGCGUCAGUCAAGACACUCCGCUGGCGUACAUGUGGGCCAGCGCAAGAACUAUGAGACUGGUGGACGGCCCAGAUGAAGUUCACCUCUUGCAACUCGGAAAACACGAACUUCGGCGCGCGGCUUCCAUCAGAGACCGCCUGGGGAGGCAGAAAACCGCCGAGGAGGAUCUUUUACGGCAAUACAACAUGAAGAAGCUCGAUCCACUGCACAUGGGAUGGUCCUCGGAAACAAAGCCUAGACUGUGA